AUGCCGGCUGUCUGCGAGCCUCAGAUUCGGCAAAAGCACAUUAGGGACGGCAAAACCUUCAGUUACGUCCGUAACAGCAAUUCUGAGGCCCUUCUGGGUGAGGGCAAGCAGUAUGACUUUCACAUCAAAAAUCCUGCAACUACUACCCCCAAGCACGCCCGCAAGCGUGCUGCCGCCCUUGCUGCGCUUGUUGCUGGAGAGGAAGAAGAGGAAGAUGAGGAGGCGGAGGAGGAGGAGGAUAAAGAGGAGGAAGAGAAUGCCCGCCGCCGCAAAGGCAAAGCCCCGGCCACCUCUGCCCGCAAGGGGGAAGCUCUCGCCCAGACGCUGCUCCUGGUAGCCGCCGAGUAUGCCGAUGAUGCUGGUUUCCAGGGGUUUGGUGGAGAGGAAGAGGAGGAAGGAAGGGAGGAGGAGAAAAUGAAAAAUGAGUCUGAGCUCUCCUUACUGGAUAAGGAGAUUCUGACUCUUGGCAGGUCAUAA